AUGCGUCUCCCGGGCCACCAGGCAGUAGAGCGCCAGCCUCGCAUUACACUUCCUCUGACAAGCCUCCGUCGGAGGCGGGGAGCUCUCGAUGGCGGGGAUAAGCAGGACGACAUCAAAGACGACUGCAGCACGUCCCCCAAAGGCAGUAAAGGUGCCUCGACUGAGCACGUCAAGAUGCGCCGCCUCCGGAGUCUCCUCAACAGGCAAGCCGGGCAGGAGAAACCUCUCUCCGGACCCGAGGCUCUUGAACCCCAAUUCCGACAUCUCUCUCCCUCCCACCUCCCUCUCGCCGUCGCCGCCUACAUGUAG